AAUUUCGAAGAGUCUUUUUCUAUUAUAACUAUAAUAUAAACUUAUAUUUCAAGAAAGUACAAAAUUUCGUGACUUCUUUUAUUAUGGUAUGGUACUUUCAACAUACCCUGUAUACCUUGUGUACAAUACCAACUUAGUAUUAUAUACAAGCACCUGAGUGUUCACUUUAUAAAAGAAUACUGUAAGUGGGAGGAAUGGUUGGGUAAUAUUUGGUUUCUAGCUAAUUUACUCAAGACCAUGCAUGUAUAUUCAAGAAAGAAUCAGUCCAAGUUUAUUAGUGAAACAGAUAAGUCAUCAGGAAACGUAAGAUGGCCUUAAGAAGAAUUUGUUCUUUCGUGUCUUUUAUUUAUCUACUACAACUUUUACAUUUAAAUACAUCUGCUAUAUUAGAGAGCUGUCCAAUAUUAAGUAGUAGCAGCUCUAUGACACAAACUGAACUUUUACAAGAAUUGACAAAUAAUUGUCGUUAUGAUAAAAUGACUAGACCACCAGGAGAAAUUAAUUCUACAGAUCCAAUUAACGUAUAUGCCAGGGCUUAUAUUUAUACAAUUAGAUCUAAUAUGGCAAAAACACUGCAAUUUGAUGUACAUAUGAUGUUGCAAUUUAGAUAUCUGGAUAACAGGUUAAAAUUUUCAAACAUUGCUCCACAUUUAAAUCAACUAUAUGGUGGACAAUUUGCACAUGAUUUGAUUUGGACACCUACUGUAUAUGUUUCUAAUGAGCCCAGUUCUGCUAUAAUGGGAAAUAGUGUGAAAGAUAUACUUGUUUCAAUAGAUCCAUCAGGCAUGGUCAUACUGAAUACUAGGUUGCAAGCUACUCUUAACUGUGGGCUUCGUUUGGAGAAAUUUCCGUUUGAUGUACAAGAAUGUCCUCUUGUCUUUGAAAGCUGGACAUACAAUGUGCAUGAUAUGGUGUUAUAUUGGGACCAAGAUCCAAUCAUACUUGCAGACGAAUUACACUUAACUGAAUAUAAGCUUUUUGACAAAUGGGUUAACACAUCAGAAGUAUAUUAUACUACAUCGCAGCAACAUUAUGGUCAUUUUGCUGGUAAUUUCAGUUCAAUUAGUAUAACAUUUAAAUUAGCACGCGAGAUGGGAUUUUUUAUGAUGGACUAUUACAUUCCAUCUAUACUAAUAGUAGUCAUUUCUUGGGUAUCUUUUUGGUUACAUAUGGAUGCAAGUCCUCCACGAAUAGUGUUAGGAACAAAUACUAUUUUGACAUUUAUGACUCUUGCAUCCAAAGUAGAGAACUCUCUGCCAAAAGUUUCUUAUAUAAAAGCCAGUGAAAUAUGGUUUUUGGGUUGUACAAUAUUUUUAUUUGCAGCAAUGGUUGAAUUUGCUUUUGUUAAUACAAUUUAUCGACGGAAGAAAAAUGUUCCCUUGAAAAAAGUAAAUAGUAAAUACAUAUUAAAAUCAACGCUAACACCAAAACUGGCUCGAAAACAAUUUCAGAAGAACACUACAGGAUUAGAACGAUCACGGUCUUGGUCAUCACUUGAUAAUGCAAACACCAGUGAACAAGAUUAUUCAAGUCAAAAUUACCUUACUGUGCAUAGUUUUCCAAGUACUCUCAAUAUUCCUUCUGUUAAAAUUGAAGAAGAUAAAGAUCAAGAAUGCUCUAUUGGGAGCAUUAUGACUGUUAAUAGUACAUCAUCACCAAAACCUUUUCAACGAAGAGCAACUCUUGCACAGUUACAUAAUUUUACAACAAUGACUCCACAAGAAAUUGCUCAAUGGAUUGACAGACGUAGCAGAAUUGUAUUUCCUGUGGCUUUCAUUAUAUUUAACAUUCUUUAUUGGUCUUUUAUUUGGAUAUAAAAAUGUUAUAAAUAGAUUAAAUAUGUAAGAAGUAAUAUUUUUUUAUUACAUUGAAAAUUACUAAGAAAUUCUUGAAUAAUUACGGAAACUAACGAGUUGCAUUUAUGUAAUUUAGCUGUAACUUUUAAAUUAGAAAUUAGAAAAGUUGUUUUCUAUAGUACGCGUACAUAUGUUAUUGUUACUAUGUGGUAGUUGUUUAUUUAUUUUAUAUAAAUUGUUUUUAAUGGAGAAAAUAGAUUAUAAAUAAAUAUAAAAUAUUAUGACAGAA